UCUCUGAGCUUGUUUAGAGAUGUGAUCUCUCUCCUCUACACGUGCCAUUGCUGUUUUCAUCUUGUAUUCUGAUCUGUUGUGCUUUUAGUUCUGUUACUUUUGGGGUUAAGUUUCCUUAAGUUUUCCUGAUUAUUGAUUUAGUUCGACAAUCAGCCAGCUAUGGAUUUCCAAAAUAGAGCUGGUGGUAAAACAGGCGGAGGAGGUGUUGCAUCAUGGACAGAAACCAAUCGGGACAGGAGAGAGCGUCUCCGGCAGUUGGCUCUCGAGACAAUUGAUCUUCAGAAAGACCCCUAUUUUAUGAAAAAUCACUUGGGCUCAUAUGAGUGUAAACUGUGUUUGACUUUACACAACAAUGAGGGAAGCUACCUUGCCCACACUCAGGGUAAAAAGCAUCAGGCCAAUCUUGCUCGUCGAGCUGCAAAAGAAGCCAAAGACGCACCCCAGCAGCCUGCACCUGAAAAAGCCCGUGUUGAACCCAAGAAGUUUGUGAAAAUUGGUCGUCCUGGUUAUCGAGUAACUAAACAAAGAGAUCCUGAUUCAGGUCAGCAAUCCCUGUUGUUCCAAGUUGACUACCCAGAAAUUGCUGAAACAGUCGGACCAAGGCAUCGUUUUAUGUCUGCCUAUGAACAAAAGGUUGAGCCUCCAGACAGGAAGUGGCAGUACCUUUUGUUUGCUGCAGAGCCUUAUGAAACUAUCUCCUUCAAGGUUCCCAGCCGAGAGGUCGACAAAGAGAAGUUCUGGACGCACUGGAACAGGGACACCAAGCAGUUUUUCCUACAGUUUGCCUUCAAGCUUGAGAAGAUGGGAAUGCCUGGUCAACCCAUGCCAGGUCCCCCUCAACCCCUCAUGCCAUCCAUGCGCCCAGGCAUGCCCCAUCCACACAUGUUACCCCCUCCCCCCCAGUCAGGUAUGGCUAUGUUCAAUCCUGUUCCUCCACCACCACCCAGUGGCAUGAUGAUGCCUCCACAUCAAAUGGUGUAACAAGUAUCAGUUUUCAAUUAUGAUGUAUUAUGCCCAGGGAUUUUAUUUUAUGUUCUUUGUAAGUGAUUAAUAAAGAAGGUACUGAAA